CCCCAGCCUCCCCCAGCACCCGAGUUGCCGCCCACUCCAUGGCCCCCGAGAUGGACCAGUUCUACAGGUCCACCAUGGCCAUCUACAAGAGCAUCAUGGAGCAGUUUAACCCUGCCCUGGAGAACCUGGUGUACCUUGGAAACAACUACCUCCGGGCCUUCCAUGCUCUGUCCGAGGCAGCUGAGGUGUACUUCAAUGCCAUCCAGAAGAUUGGGGAGCAGGCCCUGCAGAGUUCCACCUCGCAGAUUCUGGGAGAGAUCCUAGUGCAGAUGUCAGAUACCCAGCGGCACCUGAACUCCGACCUGGAGGUGGUGGUGCAGACAUUCCAUGGAGACCUACUGCAGCACAUGGAGAAGAACACCAAGCUGGACAUGCAGUUCAUCAAAGACAGUCGCCAGCACUACGAGCUCGAAUACCACCACCGAGCCGCCAACCUGGAGAAGUGCAUGUCUGAGCUAUGGCGCAUGGAACGCAAGAGGGACAAGAAUGUGCGGGAGAUGAAGGAGAGCGUGAACCGGCUGCACGCACAGAUGCAGGCCUUCAUGUCUGAGAGUCAGCGGGCAGCUGAACUGGAAGAGAAGCGGCGCUAUCGUUUCCUGGCUGAGAAGCAUCUGCUGCUUUCCAACACCUUCCUGCAUUUUUUUGGCCGGGCCCGGGGCGUGCUCCAGAACCGCGUGCUGCUGUGGAAGGAGCAGUCGGAGGCCAGCCGCAGCCCGUCGCGCGCCCACUCCCCGGGCCUGCUGGGGCCCGUGCUGGGGCCGCCCUACCCCUCGGGCCGCCUGACGCCCACCCGCCCGGACAUGCCCCAGAGGCCCCUGGCGGAGUUCAGCUCCCCGCGCAGCCGGCACGGCUCCGGCUCCUACGGCGCCCCCGAGCCCGCCGAGCCGCGGGCCGCGACGCAGCUGCCCCGGACGCCGUCGGCCUCCUCGCUCUACGCCGGCGGCGCCCGCUGCUCGCGCUCCGACUCCCUCGGCGAGCGCCCGGGCGGGGGCGGCGGCGGCGGCGGCGGCGGCGGCGGCGCCAGGAGGGUCCGCGCCCUCGUCUCCCACUCGGAGGGCGCCAACCACACGCUGCUGCGCUUCUCGGCCGGAGACGUCGUGGAGGUGCUGGUGCAGGAGGCCCAGAACGGCUGGCUCUACGGCAAGCUGGAGGGCUCGUCCGCGAGCGGCUGGUUCCCUGAGGCCUAUGUGAAACCUUUGGAGGAGAUGCCCAUGAGUCCCAUGAAUGCCUUGAGCCCAGUGACCUCCAUGAACCCAAUGAGCCCUAUGAAUGAGCUACCUUCCAGAUCCUACCCGCUCCGGGGCAGCCACAGCCUUGAUGACCUCCUGGGCCGGCCGGGCAACUCCACAGCACCCUCAGAGUACUGGGAUGGCCAGCCCCGGUCCCGAACCCCGAGCCGCAUCCCCAGCCGCGCCCCCAGCCCCGCGCCUCCACCCUUGCCCAGCAGCCGGCGAAGCAGCAUGGGCAGCACGGGGGUGGCCAGUGACGUCAAGAAACUCAUGUCCUGGGAGCAGCAACCCCCAGAGCUCUUCCCUCGGGGCACCAACCCCUUUGCCACCGUAAAGCUGCGUCCUACUGUCACCAACGACCGCUCAGCGCCCCUCAUCCGCUGAGGUGCCUCCGUCCAUCAGGGGUCUGAGGUCGUACCCCCACGCCUGCCCAGGGGCUGCCCAGAGCUGGCGGCAGCGGCAGCAGCAGCAGCAGUGGAUCCAGGGAGCCGGGGUCCUGAUACUGGGGAUACUGGGGGUGGCUGCCCUUCCCCAAACCAUGCCCUCAGCUUGAGCAGCUCCCAGGGGACUGGCCUGGGGUCUGGGGCCGUCAGAAUAAAGCAGGCAGCAUUGGGGGGCGGGAUCAUUUCUUCCCCCAACGAGGGCCCUAGAACUCUCCCUGGGGGCCUCCCUUGUGCACCCCAACCCUUCCCCGCCCCAUGAGGGAGGAGCCCCCACACCCCUCCUUCCCCACCCUAUGUAUGUCCUCCUGUUGGACUUUUGUAAACAGUGAGAAAUAAAAGCAGGUGGACACAGCA